AGACUCUUGGGCCGCAUAUCCCCUCCCUCUCUGUUUGGGAUGAGAUCUAAGAGGCUUCCGUAUCUCUGUAUUACUGACAAUUGUCUUUCUCCAAAGCUGGAAUAGGAAAUCCAGAAAUGUAAGGCCUCUACCACCUCUUCUAUGCAACAGAGCAUAUUCCCUGAAUUGGUUUCGGCAGCAGAAUAUUCACUUCAUUUGGUUCCUAUAGGGGCUCUAAGUAUUUUUCCCCUCACUCCCUCUCUCUCUUGUUCUUUUUUUGCCUUUCCAGUCCCCUUUUGGAGGAGGCGGAGACAUCACUUGGGUGGUUGCUGCUGUGUCAUAUUUUUUGUUAUUUUUUUCUGGCCAUCCGUCUCCUCCUCGUUUGUUUUCUCCUGCUCACUCGCUCUACCAUCAAUACAGCCGUGGACCUCGUGGGAGCGCCCAGUAGAGGCAGACCAACAGAGAGAAGUGGAAACCCUUUCUCCAGAGCCAUCUCAGCGCUUUUCCACAGGGAAUCCAAGUCUUCGUGGACUGAGGCACAUUGAAAAAGCACGCAAGUUUUGUGCUCUGCAUCAGGUUUUAUUAUCUGAAGAGGAAAAUUCCGCCUACAUGGGAACAAAGGCUCAAGACCCUGCCACCUAUUAUUUGGAAUCAUCUCCCUUGCCAGCCAGCAAUGACUCAGACCUUUUCUUCCCUGGUUCAGAGGGUGUUGACUCUGGGACUGUGCCCAUAUAUUUCUCUCAUAUGUCUGGAUCCUACAGACAUUCCCCAGUGCAUCAGUACCCUCUUCUCAAUGGUUUGCAGUGGGUGGACGGACACCCUUAUAGCCCAGCAGCAUGGGCUUCCAGCGCCCCCAGCAAUAGUCACGUCGGACGUCCACUCUACACUACUGCAACACCCUCUUAUCAGACCCUGCAAGCACCUCCCUCACCCGAGGACCUUCCUCCCGAGGAUAUGUUGAAGACGGAAAGGAUGAGCCCCACUCAUGCUGAACUGCUCCCACUGGGGACCUCAACGGGAGCAACCCAUAGCCCUUACGCGAUGGGGCAGGAGUAUGGAUACUUCCAGCCAGCUGGAAGCCCCCUGACAGCAGGAUAUUCCCCCAAAGUACGGGGGUCAGGACAGCUUUCUCCUUCCGGUGAGAUCUUUCACUGGGCUCUUCACGCGCCAGAGAAUGAAAUAGGAAUGAGGCCUCAGAAUGAACAGCACAUCCCUUUGGAAAGCAACUGGGAAGCCCGUGAGUGUGUGAACUGUGGAGCCACUGCCACUCCGCUGUGGCGAAGAGAUGGCACUGGCCACUAUCUCUGUAAUGCCUGCGGCCUCUACCACAAGAUGAAUGGUCAAAACCGACCCCUCAUCCGGCCCAAGAAACGCUUGAUUGUCAGCAAGCGAGCCGGAACCCAGUGCAGCAACUGCCAAACGACAACCACCACUCUUUGGCGCCGCAAUGUGAAUGGAGAGCCCGUAUGUAACGCCUGUGGUCUCUACUUCAAGCUGCACAAUGUGAAUCGUCCCUUGGCAAUGCGCAAGGAUGGGAUCCAGACACGAAACCGCAAGGCCUCCUCUGCCAAAUCCAAAAAGCGUAAAGGAAAUUCUGGGGAACUUGCAAUAGCUCCCACCACCUCCUUGGAGAUGAUACCAACUCCUAUGAUGGGGGAUGAAGCUGCUGCCCUCUACACUCUCAGCCCCAUGAUGCUGCCAGGACACUUGCUCCCUUUUGGACCCAAUCCACAUCUUCUGGGGUCUCCUCCACCAGGCUUCUCUUCGCAGGCUUCUCCUGUCCCACAUGGCUCCCCUGGAGUGGUCUCUGCUUUGGGAUAAAGUGACUUGUCAUUCACCACCCACACAUCAACGGACAGAGUUUCUAGGAUAUAACCAAAGAAGCAGUAUCUCCUCAUUAUAAGCUUUCAGAGCAGCUGUUUUCACUGCUUGCAACGUGGGCUCCAUGAGGUGACAGACCAAAACAAAGGCAGGGCACUAUGAUCUGGCAAUAAUGAGAUACAUGUUCCCAUCUUAGAUAGCAUUUUGGAUUUGGGAACUGCGUGCUUGAAUCCUUUGGGUAGAGGUAUAAAUGCUGUCCCUACAAAGCUGGCAUCUGGCUGGAAGGACUGGGCUUCCAUAUAUAUAUCUCCUAUCCUGAGGGUUCUCAAAAGCAAAAAAGAAGGGGGAAAAGGGAAUGGUUUCCAUUAAUCCCACUUGCCAUGCCCAUGAUAUGCUGAUAGUUCUUUUUCCAGCCAGUCAUUCAGCAACCACCAUGCUGCCAGGCCCUGCCCUAACUCCUCCACCUGACAAUUGAUCAUUUCAAAUGCUGGACAGAGGGAGGAAUGGUCCAAAGAUUCAAUCUAGCCCCCAGGAGUUUCCUGGGGACCCUCCCCCUAUAGUUCCACUUCCAGAGACUCCUACCACCACCACGUAUCUCAGUUGCUUUCUCUAGACAAACCAGGACACCGGCAGGGUGUUCUUUUACAUCUCUCUCCAUAGCAAAAAAGUCAUAGAGCUUUGUGAAGAGUCCUCCAUUUAGGGAUCUUGGCCACUCACUCUCAUUGGCCUAUACCCCAUGGGGCAAGAAAUUCCACGGAUAAAAAGCCGUUUUUGUUUGAGGCUUAGUUGGGAGAGCACAGGAAAUGAACAUACUUUGUAAUAUUUGUGUGUACAACUGUGCAGUUGAACAAAAUUGGAGGCAAACAGCAUGAACACAACAAAGGAUAGUGAGAAUCUUCUUCUCCCACAUCAGGUCUUCAGGAAAGCACUCAGCAGCCAAAGGUCUGGUUAGAUUUUUUCAGAGUGCAAAACAACUCUCCGUAAUCUGCAAUAUGCCAGCCCAUCCCCCCCCUCCACUUACAAACUGUUUAGCUUAUAUUUAGCUAGGCUGACAAAGGAAAGAUAUGUCCUUCUCUCUCUGAAGAUGAUUAACCAAAGAGCAGUUGACCAACUAUUUUUAACCCAAGGGAGACAUUCUGUAAGGACCAGUGCCUUCUUCCCAAACUAGGGCUUGAAAAAGUUACUUCUUCGGACUCAUCCCAUUCCUUGAUGGUGAAUUGGUCCAUCUCACAGCUCACAGAAUCUCCCAGCUAGUAGCUGCCCCAACCUGAAUCCCCAUUUUGCUGAGUGGGAAGGGACUCUGCAGGUCAUCUUCUCUGAUUAAUAAGUGGUAAAGCUUUUGUCCUGAGCUUUACCUGCUUGGUCUGCUAAGUGAGAGAACCACACAUUGGAGUCCUUUCCCAAUAAGUACAUAGGCUAGCAUGUUGGGUGGUGCGGGGGACACAAGGGAGACUGAACCAAGCCAUUCUUCCUGAUUAAGAACAACACACAUGAACUUUUCUGUAUGCAGUAUGCCCUUUGCUUCAGUGAGUAAUCUGGCAUGUGCCUCACCCCA